GAUGAUGCUAAUCUGGCAACUGGCUACUACAGUCACUGCGAGCUUAGUCGGUGUGGCGCUCUGUUCUGAAGCAAUAACAACAUUUCAAUGCCCCGAGGGCCAUUACCUGUCCUCAUUCAAUACCGCAUUUGUUGCCACUCAACGAUAUUACAAGUUUGCAUGCACCGCAUUUAGCAACAUCCAUGCGUACACAGUCGGAGUGGAGAUCAUCGAGGACAGCUCGAGAGGCACCAGUCGUUGGCAAUUACUUUGUUGUAGUAGUGCUUCGGCGAAAAUUCGGAUCAGAGACUGCAUCGACACGAAAUUCCUGAAUGAGCAUCGCCGUUCUUGCACUUUUUCCACCGGAACACAGAUCAUCCGUCGAUGGCAAGCGUUCCUCGACAAUGCGUUGGUUUCAUUUCGUAAGAAGCUAAAAGCAGACGAAAGUGAGUUAAAACAAAAUGAAUGAGA